AUGGAGAACUUAAAAAAUCACAACGAUCAGGAAGUGACGGGUGUGUCACGAAGCGGCCGCGUGUGUAAAAAGCCAUCCAAAUUGAUGGACUUUCAAUCGCCGGAUGAUAUUGAUGCGAAGCAGAAGAAACUUCCAUCCACACAACGGCACUCCGCAAAGCUGUCCUCGUCUCAGGACGACAUGCAUAUGGAGUCGGAUGAGAAUGGAGAUUCGCAAUCGAACGGUUCGAGUGGUAGUGAAACGGACAGCAGUGAGGACGAUGCGAUGCACCAUGAGGAAGGAUACACCGGACAGGAUGAUGGUGACCAGAGCGAAGGAGAACUAGUGAUAGAUUCUACGGUGAAAAGAAAGGUACAGACGAUAAAGAAAAGAAUAGAUAAGAACAAACGUUCCAACCGUGGUGGUAAAUCCGGAAACAGAACCUCUGUCGCGAAGCGAAGAAAAACGAAGAAGCGUACCAAUUCAAACUCACUUACGCACAAGCGGAAAGAUAAAUCUGGCCCGGUUAAUAAAUCUACCACUGCCGGUGGUUGCCUACCAACCGAUGUAGCAGCACAUCUUAGCCUACUGGGUGAUAAUUUAACCAUUAUCGGUGAACGUUUGAAGGAACACGAGGGACAAAUUACAGUUUCAGGCAGUUUAUCGGUACUGUUGGACAGUUUGAUCUGUUCGCUUGGACCACUGAUGUGCUUGACGUUGCAAAUCCCCGGAUUAGAUCGCAAUUCGGACCAUCUGCGGGAACUGUUUCGAACCACGCUGGAUAAUAUUGCCUACGUAAUGCCCGGUUUGUAG